UCGGGCAGAGGCAGCGCUGUGUCUUGAUCUUGUGGGGAGCACAGCAGGACUUCACCUUCCUUGUGCUGUGACUGUCCCUAAAGCAUGGGCAGAGCCACAAGGGUGCUGCUCAGCAGAUGGAAUUCGUGUUCAGAGCUCCUGCUUUGCUGGUAGGAAUGUUCUUGGGAGGCAAGAGCACGCGGGUGAGGCUGAAGAGCACAGGGGGAAGCUUUGUGGUGAAGGGAGGCAAACUAAAAGCCUUGAAAGGAGAACACGCUCCUUGCACGGACCAUGCCCAGUGACCACGUUUGGACCAAAGGCCUGCAUGCUGCAGAAUCCUAAAACUAUUAUGUCCCUGUUGGCACAGGUCAUUCACAGGGCAGCAGGGACCAGAAAUAUUGAUUCUGGGUUAUCACCUGCACAUAGUAAAGCACAGAAACCUCACUGCAAUGUGAAUUAUUGCCUUGCCCUCAGAAACACCAAUGCAAUGUGAAUUACUGCCUUUCCCUGCCUGGCACAUUCAGGAUCCAGCAAGCCAGCGGUUGACAUGGAACAAACCUCCCAAGAGUGUCCUUGUGAUUAAAAAGAUCCGUGAUGCCAGUCUGCUGCAGCCCUUCAAAGAGCUCUGUGUGUACCUCACUGAGGAGAACAAUAUGAUAGUGUAUGUAGAAAAAAAAGUAUUGGAAGACCCUGCUAUAGCUAAUGAUGAGAAUUUUGGACCAGUGAAGAAGAAAUUUUGCACCUUCAGAGAAGACUAUGAUGAUAUCUCCAAUCAGAUAGACUUUAUCAUAUGCCUGGGAGGAGAUGGGACCUUACUUUAUGCUUCUUCACUUUUCCAGGGUAGUGUACCUCCAGUUAUGGCUUUUCAUCUGGGAUCCCUUGGAUUUCUUACUCCAUUUAAUUUUGAGAAUUUUCAGUCCCAAGUCACUCAGGUUAUAGAAGGCAAUGCAGCUCUCGUUCUCCGGAGCAGGCUCAAGGUGAAGGUAGUGAAGGAGCACAGGGAGAAAACCACAGUGCAGAAUGGGAUAGAGGAAAACGGAGUCGUGUCUGCAAACCUGGAGAAAGAAGUGGGCAAGCAGAUUAUGCAGUAUGAGGUCCUCAAUGAAGUUGUGGUGGAUCGUGGCCCUUCCUCCUACCUGUCCAACGUGGACGUGUUUCUGGACGGGCACCUGAUAACCACAGUGCAAGGAGAUGGGGUGAUCGUGUCCACGCCGACCGGCAGCACUGCGUACGCCGCCGCAGCUGGAGCCUCCAUGAUCCACCCCAAUGUCCCUGCCAUCAUGAUCACCCCCAUCUGCCCCCACUCCCUGUCCUUCAGACCCAUUGUGGUUCCUGCUGGAGUGGAACUCAAGAUUAUGCUCUCCCCAGAUGCCAGGAACACGGCUUGGGUUUCAUUUGAUGGAAGGAAGAGGCAGGAAAUAUGCCAUGGAGACAGUAUCAGCAUCACUACCUCUUGCUACCCCCUCCCCUCCAUCUGCUUCCGGGACCCUGUGAGCGACUGGUUCGAGAGUCUGGCUGAGUGCCUGCACUGGAACGUCCGCAAGAAGCAGAACAACUUCGCCGUGGAGGAAGAAGAAUUCUGAGUGUCCACUCCUAGCAGGGCUCAUGGCAGUGGAAUGUGGCAGAAUCUCUCUCCUCUGCUUGGAUUUUGGAGCUUUUGGUGUGGGCACUGCCCCAGAGCUGCCUUGUGGUUGUGGUUUAUAUCCCUCAGUGGCUGGGCAGGGUUGUGCUCCUUCCUGUCCACCUUGAGGAAGGCCCUGAUGGUUCUAAUCCAGUGUGAAUUUCCUUCCAAAGGAGGAGUCUGAGAGUGGAUUAUUCCCGAUUGCUAUCAAAAACCACAUCUGCAGAUUUGAUUGUAACCUCUGACUUACCAGUUCCAUGGUAGGCUGAAUGUAGCUACACCAGGGAAAAGUGGCAUUAAAAUCUCUUUCAUCUUAUAGGUUUGUAACUCGAUUUAACACUGCUAGUAAUAGAAAGGCUCUGAGUUUUCUUUAAAAAAAAAAAAACAACUCCUCUUUGUUAUUUUAAAUACACCUUGCCCAGAAAGUACUUUCUUACUUGCAAGUGAGAAACACCCACAAAGGAUGUUUUUUAUUAAUACAUGGAAUUAGUUUUAAAAAGUAUAUAUUUUUUUAUGUAUACGUUUCUCUCUCUUGUAUCCAUUUGAGCAGUAGUUGACAUUUGGCUGUCAAGUCUGUGGAAAUACCCACAAACAGCAGGGAUGAGCAUUAGUUAUUACAGGUUUCUCUGGGUUUGUAGCUGAGCUGAUUCACAGCUCUGCACUUCCUCUUGGUGGGAAUCAUCCAUGUAUUAGUUCUUCUUACUAUGUUUCUUUGAUUCCCUGGGAUAAAUGAUAGCAUUAGAGACUAUCAUGUUUUAAAAAAAUAAUUGUCCAAGUGUUCAAGAAGAAUCUGGACUUCAAUUGCUACUGAAUUCUGGUUCCACUGUUGUACUGAAGAAAAUAUCCUAUUCUAGAUCCUGAAUGCCCUCAACUUCCAUGGAUACCUUCCAACUCUUGGUGCUGAGUAAUCCAGGAUGGGAUUCUGCAUUGGUGGGCUGGAGAAAGGAGAGGACACAUUCCCCGCGGAGUAGCAACGGUGCCUUCAGCACACUCAAGAGAUUCUAAGUCUCACAUUUACUUUUUUUUAAGAUGCUUUCAAGCAUUUCUAACUUCUCUCUGUACAUACUUUAUUGUAUGUGUUUUGAUGAAAGAACAAAAAAAAACAACCCGAACUGAUUGGGGGAAAAAAGGGUUUGUACUGUACUUUAACUGCAAAAUAGCAAGCCCGAGGAUAAUGUUUACAUUUAUGUUCUCUGUGGUGCAGUCUCUUGAUCAUAUUAUCUAAACUUCAGCAUUUUCAAGUCUUGCUGCAUCGCUCACUAAAGGAAGGGACAGGAGCUGUUCAAUGCCUGUGGCAGAAUCUUGCCAAGGAAUGAAUUUACUGAUUGAGGUGGGAUUUCCUUGGGAACUGAGUGAGAGUCUCUGCUGAACUUUUUUUCAUGAUUGUCUUACAUUGUUUCUGUGGUCCAAAGUGGAAAUUGGUUCAUUUCCAAACUCUGCCUGACCUGUUGUUCUCUGGUGGUUUCAAUAAUGUCUCAUCCCUUUUGAAUGCUGCCCUAGGCUGAAUUCAUGAAAUGCAGGUGAGAGCACUUUUCCAGAAAAGAGAAGCAAACUCUUGGGUAAUGAUUCAAAUCACAAUGAAAAUGUGUUCAUAUAAAUUAACACUUGGUUUGUACAUUUUGUAAAAUAGAGUAUUGGUUUGAUUUGGUCAAAACCAGAUAGAUUUUGGGAUAUCUUGGAGAAUAUCCAGAGAACUUUUGGGAUUUAUCUUUCACUUGAAUCUGCAGUAAUUGUUUUAUCACUGUUUUGAAGCUGCUUACGGGUUUCCUAACUGGAGUAUUCAGUUAUUUGAUAACUGGUUACUUUUUGAACUAGAGAAGUGUCAGGCUUUUUGCUUUGAAGCUAUUUUAUUUAAACAUGCAAUAAUUGAGGGAAGGAACAGGGUAUGGUGUCUAGAGAAACAUGUGGAUGAGUGGAGAAUGAGUUCUAGGCACACUGGGGAGUGGAAAAAUCAUUUUGCAGAGGUGAAAUGAUUUAUGAGCCUUAUCUAGUAUUUUUUUAAAGAUGAAACUAUAUUCAGCACUUUUUAUUUAUGCUUUUUAUAAUAGUAAAGCUAUUCUUGACUAAAUUGCCGAACUUUUAAUUUUCAGAAUGCACAGGUCAUUAAAUCUGUAAUCAAAGUGUACUGAACUACUUUAGAUCUACAUUAGACUUGAAAUUUCUUCUUUCAGUUUAUCACCUGCUGCAAUUGCAUUGCUGGCUCUGAGGCUGCUGCAACUUUGCUUGUAGGGAAUUCCUGCUAAAAAAAGGCUUUUUCUGGGUGGCUGCUUAGCCCAGGCAGAGCUGCAGCCCUGGCUCAGGCAGGGGCAGGCACUCUGACUUCAGUCCAGGCUUUUCCUCCAAAAGCUGCCUUGAUUCUCCUUGGCCCAGCUGCUUCCACAGCCCGGGUUGUGUUAAUACAUCACAAAGUUUAUCUGAGUGUACAAAGUCCCUUUCCAAGGCUUUUAAUCUGCAAACUGCAGGAGAGUGAGGCUGGAGCAGCCCUGGAGUUAUGCAUUUGAACUGCUCCAGGAGUGGGGGAGCUGAACCAGAAAAAAACUGGUAUGCACCUCACUUUAUUGGCAAUAAAACCUUAUUUUGCUGAUGUAGCUUAUUCAGAAUAACUUGGUUAAACUGUGCUAAAAAAUGGGGGCUUGCUGAUUAAGAGUUUUUGAUAAAAGGGUUUGUAAGUCACUGGCACUACAAAUCCUUUCAUCUACAAAGGGCCAAAAUGAAAGCUGGGAAAUUAAUUUGUGGGUUUUUUUUUUAAAAAAAAAGUUACCCUCUGGUAGAAAUUGAAGUUAUUACCAAUUGUAGUAAGGAAUAAAGCAGUGUACUGAAUUUUUAAAAGAUGAAAAAUCCUGUUACAUAUUGUUAAUGCAUUGAAAACUUGGUUUUAAAUAUUGUUGAGAAACAAAAUAUUUUUCAAUCCUUUCAAUAAAAUCUUUUUGUAAAGUUGGA